GUGGGGGUCCUCCAGUCUCUCACAACUGCAACCUUGUCUGGGUCUGUUGCAACUUCAUCAGCUGAUACUACAUGCCCCAGAUGCUGCUGGACAGAGGAAGAGAACACAAUCACAUCAUCAAGGCACAGUAAGACAGAUUGAUAAUGGCAGUCUCCAAACAUGCACUCCAUAAGGCACUGAAAAGUUCUAGGGGCGUUGCACAAUCCAAAUGGCACACGUGAUUAUCUUCACUGCAACCGACUAACAACCACAGCACACCUUAAGCCUGCCCUGACUGCUUAACUGGGAUGCAACCUGAAUAAUGUUAAUCGUGGGGACAGAAAACUAGUCUGCCCCAAGGGCAAUACCCAUAUCUUUUUGCCCGCUACCAGCUCACUUGCCAGGGCAGACUAGACAGAAAAGAAAACCCCCAAAAAACACAAACAAACAAAUGAUACAAAUAAUCCCACGGCAAGAGCAGCUAGUGGACCACUGAUGCUCUGAUACGUCGAUUUAUUUUCGUACUGACUACCAGCCGCCUUCAACCAAGCAGGGAAGCAGGUCAGUCAUCCCUGCACUCUUGCCUUCCCUGCAUACCAGCAUGGAUUGAGGUGUGCACCUGCCUCAAUCAACUGGCCUGAACCAACAGUAGCAAAAAAACCUCUGUUCCUCCUUCAGGUAGCCUUAUAUCUUGACAAACCACACUAAUUGGUGCACCUCCCCUUUUUCCGCUCAGUGCCACCUGCCACAUUAAGUUAUAAGAGCAAUAAACCAAAUGAGUGCAGCUGCAAGUGGUCAGUAAUUUUCAUCCAAUUAUGAAAUUACCCACAAUUCCAUAUCAGUAGAAAUUUUGGAACCAUGAUUAUGAGCAACUGAAUAUUCAACAGUUGUGUCAACAUGGACCCAAAAAGGAUUUCCACUGCAGCAGUGUUGGGGCAUACUGUGGGGUUGAUAAAACCCAUCAUGCAAUUAAUAGCAGAUAUUAUUGGCCUGGCAUGGAGGCAGACAUCCAGAAAUGGCUAAGUGAAUAUACUUAUAUACCCCUAAUUUUCUCAUUAACCUUAUAAAACGUACUUGAAAUGAUUUCCAUUUAUUAAAUUGAUGAUUAGCAUCUAUAAUUCAGGCACAAUAUUGUGGCCACAAAGGGGAAACAACCACUGUGAUAUGAGAACAUGUGGUAUUCUCUCUUUCCGGAUACCAGUGGUACUUGUAAAGGCAGACUUGACCUAUGAUAGAUAUUGGCCUACUUUGUGUCCAUUCAUUUUCCAGAUCAGUCAAUACCCAGCAUGCCAGGCCAAGCCGGCCAGCCUUAAGGAAAAAUCACAGUACAACCCAAUAGAGGUGAGGUUAUUUGUGUAACUAGGUGCUCUAACUAACCUUCCAGUAUAGUAUAGAUAAUACUCAUUCAUAUCUUUCAGGUAUCUGAGCCGUUUGAGCUGGUGGGAAUAGAUCUUCUCAAGCUCACUGUCACUGAGAGUGGAAACCAGUACAUAUGUGUAAUGGUUUACCACUUCACGAAGUGGGCAGAGGCCUAUCCUCUUAAAAGCAAAUCAGCAGAAGAGGUAACCCAUUGUAUUCUUGAUUUUGUAUACAAAUUUGGGGCUUCUCAAAGACUGCUUACAGAUCAGGGGACAGAAUUAAAAAUAAGGUGAGGUUAAAAUCAAGUAUUUGCUGUACCCUAGAAUUGUUUAUCCAUGCUGACUUGUUUUGUCUUUGACACUGUGGAAGGUUAACACACGCCUCUGUGAAAAACUGGGUGUUAAGAGCAGCUUUUGCUCUCCUUACCACCCGCAAACGAAUGGACUAGUUGAAAAACUUAACAGCACCAUUCAGCAGUAUACAUAUCACAAUGUUAAGUUAAAACACAGUUAAUUAUGAAUAUAUGAAGUUAAUUGUCUACCCACAUGUAAUUGAAUAUUUUAGAUCUCUUGGCAAGCUUUCCAGGGACGAUCCUAAUAGGUGGGACCAGAACUUGGCAGCAACCAUGUUCGGGCUACGAACAAAAAAACACCUCACAACACAGUUUAGUCCUUAUUGUUUAAUGUUUGGUAGGGAGGCCAGAUACCCCUCUGAGGUACCAAGUGAAUGGGAGGUAAGAGGGUCAAAGUAAUGUUUGCAAUGUUUGGAUAUGGCAAUCAUUGAAAUGUAAUGCCUUUUUUUAUACUAAUGCACUUAUGUUUUUGCCCUUGUAGAUAACGGAUGAUAAAGUGGAGGCACUAGUGAGGAAGGAAGUUGUCUGUGAGGGCCUUAAAAAACAGCAUGGUGUGUAUCAGCAGGUGCAGACAAAUGUGAGAAAAUCCCACCAAAAGGUGAAGAAAAGGAAAGAGGAGAGGGGGCAGGAUGAUGGAUUCACAACAGGAGAUACUGUCCUGCUUAAAAAUAUAAGGGAACAGCGACAGAAAGGGGGCAAAAUGGAGAGUGACAUGCUGGGACCUUUCAUAAUAAUGGAGCUAAAGGACAAAAGGGCCAUACUACAAUCUAGAACAGGCAAUACUAAGACGACGGCAAACAUUGAUCAUCUCACACAUUUCAUUGAGCCAGAGGAGAGGGUUCCAACUAAGCUCAGAAGAAUUGAGGGGCCCUCUCCUCUGACCUCACACCACAGCACAACAGGUCACAAUACCCCUGAUGCUGCCAGCACCCCCCCCCCCCAUUCCACUCUCCAGCCUCCUCUGCCACACAGUCCUGUACAAGUACCCCUCCAUUAACACACUGUCCCAUCUCUCCAGCAACUACCAGCUGCCACAGUGAACAGAAAUCAAGCAUCACACACCCUGACCAAAGCAAUGGUAUGUAAACCUAUACGACAUUUAACAUAAUGUAUUGUAUUCCAUUAUCAUUCUGCUCUCUGUACCCUUUUUAAAAUACUCACUUAUUUUCCUUUCCAGUGCCUGACUUCUAGGGAAAGGGAGAGAUACUGUGGGCAAAGGUUGGACCCUAUAAGUUAUUCACAUCGGAUAUCCAGAGCCUUGCCCCUGGAGGGGAAUUGGAGAAUGAGGUAUGUAUCUAGCACUAAGCAGGCUAUUAAAAGUUUGUUGAAACAGAUUAGUCUAUUAAUGACGAAGUGAACUCUUUGCAGGUGUUGAAUGCAUAUUUACUAGUAGUGUCAAGACAAGUGACAUCUAAAGUCUUUGUCAUAGACACUUUUGAAAUGACAGCCAUGUGGAAUGGCACAUCCCGAGGGUUAAGAAAGGUGAGCAUCAUUAUUCUCAUUCUAACAAUGUCUUAUUCAGAGUGUUAAGUUCAUUUUAACAACUGGACUUUUUGUAGCUGGAUGCUGCAAAAUAUGAUGUACUUAUUGGAGCAGUUUGCAAGGACAGACACUGGACGCUGGUGGUAAGUGGACUUUUGUCCAAGUUUGUAUGCCCAUCUUUAGCACACCUAGACUCUUCAUGUUUCAUGCAUAUUUAGGAGUCCAUCUGUGUAUUUUUAACAGGCUAUGUACCCCAAGGAAUGAAGGGCCCUGUUUGUUGACCCUUUUGGUGCCACCAGUGCCCAGGUGAAGAAAUGCAAUGAAAUGACAAGGUGGCAGAGCAUGUAUUAAGAGGGCAGAAGGCAGACUUUCCGGUUGACAUGGAGGCAGUCAACCAAAUGAGAAUGGAAAUGGCCCAAAUGCUGAUUUCCGAGUCAGAUGCAAUGGAGGAUGUUUGCCAUUUCUGUGGGGAGAAAAGCCCAGGAACGACUGCACAGACCCAUGUUGACUGGAUUGAAUGCACGUCAUGUACUAGAUGGUUCCACUAGGUCUAUGUGGGGCAGCCUCCAACAGAGAAGGAAUAUUGGUGCCCAGAAAUGUGGUCGGCUUGGGCAAUGUUUGGAGAUUUCCUUAUCUCUGCUACAAGAACGGAGGAGGUGCCUUUCUGGUGCCAUAUGGUCUGUUAGCUGUGGUGGUUGGGAUACCUCUGUUCCUACUGGAGAGUUCGGUUGGUCAAUACACCCAGGAAGGAUUCAUCACCUGUUGGAGGAAAUUGUGUCCACUGGCACAAGGAAUUGGAUAUGCACAUUUGGUGUUGAGCCUUUAUUUCUUCAUCUACAUUAUGAUCCAAGUCUGGGCUCUCUUCUGCCUGGUGUUCUCAUUCAGAUCCCAGCUCCCCUGGGUCACCUGUGACAACACCUGGAAUACAGUGAACUGUAUGAGUCUUCAGACUUUGGAUUCUAUGUGGCCAAAUGUGACGAUAAAUCAGACCAUGUUGACCAACACCACCUCUGCUGCUACUGAGUUUUGGGAACGGAGGGUGCUGGCCAUGUCUGGAGGCAUUGAGGAGCUGGGCAGUGUGAGAUGGGAGCUGGUUUUGUGUCUUCUGGCCAGCUGGGUGUUCACAUACUUCAGUAUCUGGAAAAGUGUCAGAUCCUCUGCAAAGGUAGCAUACUUCACUGCCACCUUCCCCUACGUGAUGCUCCUGAUAUUGCUCAUCAGGGGACUGACUCUACCUGGAGCUUGGGAAGGGAUCUACUACUACCUGUAUCCAGAUUUGAACAGCCUGGCUAACCUUGAGGUCUGGAUGGAGGCAGGAUCUCAAAUAUGCUUCUCCUACAGCCUGACUGCAGGAACUCUCAAUGUUUUGAGCAGCUAUAAUGACUACAAGAACAACUGCUACAAGGACUGUUUCUGGCUCUGUCUGCUGAACAGUGGGACCAGUUUUGUUGCUGGAUUUGUCGUCUUCUCUGUACUUGGAUUCUUGGCUCAGAAACAGGGUGUUACUGUCGACGCUGUGGCUGAGUCUGGUCCAGGUUUGGCCUUCAUUGCUUACCCACAGGCAACAGCUUUGAUUCCUUUACCACAGUUCUGGACUGUCUGCUUUUUCCUGAUGAUGAUUUUCCUCAGUGUUGACACACAUUUUGUGAUAGUUGAGUGUUUUGUCACGUCAGUAAGCGACUUGUUUCCGAAGCUGUUUCGUAAAUCAGGAAGACAUGAGAUCUUUGUCCUUGUCAUUUGUUCAUCCUUCUUCCUCAUACAUCUGACUUUGGUCACUGAGGGAGGGAUUUACCUAUUCCAGCUUAUUGAUUAUUAUAGUUGUACCAGAGCUUUUCAUUAUAUCAUGGCUUUAUCUGAGUGUCUGGCUCUGGCUUGGGGUUUUGGUGCUGACCGUGUUAUUAACAUCAUUGAGGACAUGACUGGACAGAGACCAUCUGUUUUCUUCAAAGUGUGCUGGAGAUACAUCAUUCCUCUGCUGUCACUGAUUUCCUUUAUCCUGUACCUGGUUGAUUACACACACCUCAGGAUUAACGACAGGUACGUUUACCCCAACUGGGCCUAUGCUCUAGGCUGGACCAUGACACUCUCCUCUGUUCUCAUGGUGCCACUGUGGGCAGCUGGACAGAUGUGUUUGACAGCAGGCACCUUCAGACAGCGUUUGUCUGUCCUUCGUCAUCCUGUUGAAGAUCCAGUCUCACAGAGAAGAAAAAUGGAAGAGGAUGGGAUACAUGUGGAGCUGAGGACGUCUGCAGAGACAUCUUAGUGCCAUCUGCAAAGUCACAUCAGCUAGACACUUCAUCUGUCAUUGGUUAAACUUAUUGUAUUCAGUGUGGCUAAAAUGUAUUUAAAGACAGAUUUUUGUGCUGAAAUGAUUAGUUGAUGAAUCAUCUUAAUGUAUCAUUUAAGUCAAAUGAUUUUUGCUUGUUCCAGCAUCUUAAAUGUGAGGAUUUGCAGCUUUUGUCAGCGUCAUAUAAACAAAGUAUAUAUUUAAACAUAUUAUAAAUUAAACAUUUAAUCACUGACACUGAAAAUCAUAAGUUUCUACUUUAGCUCUAUACAACUGUGGUGAGGAUACUUUAUGUUUGGUUUUGUACUGAUGUCUGGGUGUUUUAUUUUACAUUUUCAAGUGUAAAAUAAAGACUAUUGUUCAAGAUUACUGAGGCACAUUUUAAACUUCUCACUGAAUUAUUUACAGUUAACACACGGUUUGGACAAAAUGUAUCCACAGCAAAUUCCAUUGAGCGAAGAGAGUAAAAUAAUUCUUAAAAAUGGUGUGUAUUUUGUGACAUCAUACACCAUGUUUAGUGUCAGUUUCCAACAAAGUGUAUAUUUAUAUUUAAGUAGAACAUGCUACAAUGACAUUUUGUGAAGAAAAUAUUAGUAAAUAAUAUUAUUAAAAUAUUAGUCAUCCUGGCCAAAAUCUCAAAUUACAUCAGAAAUUACCUUUAACAUUUGUCAUAUAAUAGCACUGGUUAUUAGAUUUAAUUUUAUGUAAUAUUUUCAGUCAGCAGUUUGCCACAUCAUGUAUAAAGUCUCCCUCCACUCAACAAUGUGUUGUUAUUGUUACUUCACUGACUGUUUGAGCAUAACUGUGCAGAAUGACGAAUGUGCAGAGUGACACUGGAAGGAGUUUUUCACAUUUAACUGCAGAAUUGUAAACUUUCUCUGUGCUGACCAUAAAUCUGAGUAUAAGGU